AUGGCAGCAUCGCACCCGCCCGCGGCCACCGCCACGCCAACACCCGACCUCGCCGGCCCCUCGACCCAGACCACAACCUACAAGCCCCGCCCCGCACGCAAACAGGUCACACAGGAACGCCUACGCGCCCUCAUCGAAGCCGCAAAGCCGCAGAACAACUCCGGCGGCAUCUACAACAUCUGGCACGAAAACUUCUCCGGCGGCGACCGCAACGAGAAAAAGGGUCUCGAGCGCGCAGAGACCCGCUGCGACAUUGCCCGCGACGCCGGAUACACAAAGGCAGACCUCGCAACACGCAGGCAACCUCCUUCGUCGUCGUCAUCCUCCUCGACUGCCACUCCGGAAAACGACGGCGCCUACUGCUGCCUCUUUUUCGCACGCGGCUGCUGCCCCAACGGCGCAGAGUGCACCUACCUCCACCGCCUCCCGCGCCCCACCGAGUUCAACGACCAGGGACGCGACAUCUUUGGCCGCCCCAAGUUUGGAGACUACCGCGACGACAUGGGCGGCGUCGGAUCCAUGCAGCGCGUCAACCGCACCCUCUACGUCGGACGCAUCCACGAGGAAGGCUCCGGCGCCAUGUCCCAGGGCGGCGCCGCCAACAUGGGCUCCAGCCUCACCUGGCGCGACGGCGGCCGCACCCUGCGCGGCGGCAAGAGCGUGUCGGACGUGCGCAGGCGCGACCCCGCCGCGCGCGGGCCCAGGCAGCCCUACGUCGAGAGCGACACGGAAAAGGUGCUCCGCCGCCACUUUGGCGAGUGGGGCGAGAUUGAGCGCAUCAAGGUGCUCCACGGCCGCGCGUGCGCCUUUGUCACCUACCGCCACGAGACGAGCGCCCAGUUUGCAAAGGAGGCCAUGUACCUGCAAAAGCUCGACCACAACGAGAUCAUCAACGUACGCUGGUCCACCGACGACCCCAACCCGGGCGCCCAGAAGCGCAACGAGCGCCAGAUGAAGCAACAGGGCGAGGGCGCCAUCCUGGCAAACGUGCGGCCCGACACCGUCGAGGCUCAGGAGGCGCUCAGGAGGCUCGAGGGGACGCUGCCGGACGACCAAGGGGGGAGAGCGCGAAUGCCAGAGGCCAAGCGGCGGAAGCUGGAAGAGGACGAGGCAGCCUACGAGGCGGAAAUGGCCAGGCUCGACGAGGAGAAUGCCCGCGGGUGGGAAGAGAUCAGGCGGGAGCGCGAGGCUGCGGCCGCAGCGGCAUCUGCGGCAUCGGCGGCAUCAGCGGCGGCGACAACAACAAACGCGGCAGGGGCUAGCGGCAGCGUCGGCGGCGGUGGCGGACUGUUGAGCGCCGAGGUGGUAGGCAACCUCCAGGCCCUCUCUGCGUUGCGGCAGAAGCCACAACCAGCGGCCACGACGGCGACGGCGAAACCGACGGGUCUGGGCAGUCUGGCCGCGUAUGGCAGCGACAGCGAAGAUGGCGACGACGACGAGUAG